CUCAGUAGGUCUGUGUACUUCAAAUGACAAACUCAAAGCAUCAAUUGCUCCUUCUUUGAUCCGUGGGACUUCCUACGCUCUUUUGGACUGUUUUUAAAACAUGGGAUUUGAGCUGGAUCGUUUUAAAGGGGCUGUGGACCCAGACUUCAAAUGCAACUUGUGUAAUAAAGUUUUGGAAGAUCCGCUCACAACCCCGUGUGGUCACGUCUUUUGCGCUGGCUGUGUGCUGCCGUGGGUUGUUCAGCAAAGCAGCUGCCCUGUCAAAUGCCAAAGGAUCUCCACUAAAGAGCUCAACCACGUCCUUCCUCUGAAAAACCUGAUCUUGAAGUUGGACAUAAAGUGUGACAAUCAUGCCAGGGGCUGUGAGAAAGUGGUGAAGCUGCAGCAUCUGGCGGAACACGCCGAGAUGUGUGACUACUCUCCAGCUAAAUGCAGGAACAAGGGAUGCAACGAGGUGCUGAACCUGAAGGACAUGGAUGCCCAUAUGCGCGAAACGUGUGAUUACAGAGCCGUUGGGAUAUGUGAAAAUGGAUGUGGUUUGAUGCUCACCCACAGAGAGCAAAAACUCAACAACCAUUGCUGUUUGAAAGCCCUGAAAGCGCAUAAUAGCGCGUUGCAAGGGAAAGUGGUCAGCCUCGACAAGGAGUUUAAAAAGCAGUCCCUGAAGUCGAGUAAACGGGAAAAGUCACUUCUCGCUCAGCUCUCUGCUGUUCACAACGAGCUCCAAAUGACAGCGCUAAAAUACCAAAAGAAAUUCACUGAGUACAGUUCAAGGAUUGACUCGCUCAGCAAGACCUUGGCUCCACCAUGCAAGGGUGGAGAAUCCAAAAGUGUCACAGUUGUCCUCCAUCGGGAGGCUGGAUCGUUGGGCUUCAACAUCGUAGGAGGACGGCCAUGUGUGGAAAAUGAGGCUGGGACUUCAAAUGAAGGCAUCUUUGUGUCGAAGAUCGUGGAGAAUGGACCUGCCGACAAAGAGGGAGGACUUCAGAUUCACGACCGCAUUAUGGAGGUGAACGGUAAGGACCUGUCCAAGGCGACGCACGAGCAGGCGGUGGAGGCCUUCCGGAACGCCAAGGAGCCCAUCAUGGUGCAGGUGCUGCGGCGGGCCCCUCGGCCCAAGCCGGCAGGCCCCGUGGGGGACAUGCAGGUGGUGGACAUGGCCACGCAGACGGAGAUCACCUUCCAGCACAUCAUGGCCCUCAGCAAGCUGCCCACUGCCGCCAGCCCACCACCCGUUACCGUGCUCGAGCAGUACCUGCUGCCUGAAGAACACUCUCCUGCACAUGAGUACUUUGACCCUGCGGACUUCCUGGAGGGCAUGCAGCAAGAGAUCGAGCGUGAGGAGCUGGAGUAUGAGGAAGUGGAUUUAUACCGGUCGAACAUUCAGGAUAAGCUGGGUCUGACCGUGUGCUACAGAACCGACGACGAGGACGAGACUGGGAUCUACGUCAGUGAAAUUGAUCCAAACAGCAUAGCAGCAAAGGAUGGAAGAAUCCGAGAAGGCGACAGGAUCAUCCAGAUCAAUGGCAUCGAGAUCCAGAAUCGUGAGGACGCAGUGGCCCUGCUCACCAGCGAGGAGAACAAGAACGUCUGUCUGCUCGUGGCACGACCAGAGAUCCAGCUGGAUGAGGGCUGGAUGGAUGAUGACCGAAACGACUUCCUGGAUGACCUGCACAUGGACAUGCUGGAGCAGCAGCAUCACCAGGCCAUGCAGUUCACUGCCAGCAUGCUCCAGCAGAAGAAGCAUGAGGAGGACGGCGGCACCACCGACACGGCCACUCUGCUCUCGCAGCGGCACGAGAAGGACAGCGGCGUGGGCCGCACGGACGAGAGCACGCGCAACGACGAGAGCUCGGAGCAGGAGAACCUGGGCGACGAGCACGCCCCGUGCGGGCCCUUCUCGGCCAGCACCACGCUGGGCAGCGGCAGCGGGCGCCGGCGGCUGGCCUACAGCCAGGACACGCUGGGCAGCGGAGACCUGCCCUUCAGCAGCGAGUCGCUCAUCAGCGAGUCCGACUUCCUGGGCAUCCCGGCGGACGAGUGCGAGCGCUUCCGCGAGCUGCUGGAGCUCAAGUGUCAGGUGCGCAGCGCGGCCGGCGGGGGCAGUGGCGGCGCCCUCUACUGCCCGGGCAUGGCGGCCGCGGCAGCGUCAGCGGGCGGCGGUGUAGUCGGAGGCGAGGAGGGGGUGGACAAAGAGCUGGCGCUGCUGAACGAGGAGCUGCGCACCAUCGAGCUGGAGUGCCUGAGCAUCGUGCGCGCGCACAAGGUGCAGCAGCUGCGCGAGCAGUACCGCGAGUCGUGGAUGCUGCACAACAGCGGCUUCCGCAACUACAACACCAGCGUGGACGCGGCGCGGCGCCACGAGCUGACCGACAUCACCGAGCUGCCCGAGAAGUCGGACAAGGACAGCUCGAGCGCCUACAACACAGGCGAGAGCUGCCGGAGCACGCCGCUCACGCUCGAGCUCUCGCCGGACAACUCGCUGCGGCGCGCCAGCGACGGUCUGCCCGAGGGGGUGGCCGCCAACCCGGGGAAGGUCCUCAAGCCCCUGCUGUCGCCCGUCCAGGAGGUGUGCGGAGGAGGAGGGUCCAGUGGACGCGGCCGAGUCACGUCGUCUUCGUCCUCGUCCUCGUCCAAGGACCCGGAGAGCGUGACGCAGGCUGAGGGUCAGCGUAAGGCGGACGCAGCGGCCGCCACCGCUGGGGGCAAGUCCGGCCGAGGGUCGUCCCUCCUCCAGGGCCACUCGCCCUACAAGCACGCCCACAUCCCCGCACACGCUCAGCACUACCAGAGCUACAUGCAGCUCAUCCAGCAGAAGUCGGCCGUGGAGUACGCCCAGAGCCAGAUGAGCCUGGUCAGCAUGUGCCGCGACCCGCUGUCCCCCACCUCGUCCAGGGCCGGCGGCCCCGGUGGUGGCGGCGGCGGCUCGGAGCUGGGCCCCAAGAUGGAGUGGAAGGUGAAGAUCCGCAGCGACGGCACGCGCUACAUCACCAAGCGGCCGGUGCGCGACCGGCUGCUGAAGGAGCGGGCGCUGCGCAUCCGCGAGGAGCGCAGCGGGAUGACCACGGACGACGACGCGGCCAGCGAGCUCAAGAUGGGCCGCUACUGGAGCAAGGAGGAGCGCAAGCAGCACGCCGUGCGCGCACGCGAGCACCGCCAGCGGCGGGAGUUCAUGAAGCAGAGCCGCAUGGACUGCCUCAAGGACGGGCAGGGCGGCGGGUGCGGAGGGGACGGCAGCCCGGGCACAGGGUCCGGCUCGGGGCCGGACGAGCCGCAUAAGGAGCUCAACAUCAUCGAACUGAGCCACAAGAAGAUGAUGAAGAAGCGCAACAAGAAGAUCUUCGACAACUGGAUGACCAUCCAGGAGCUGCUGACGCACGGCACGCGCUCGCCCGACGGCGCGCGCGUCUACAACUCCCUGCUCUCCGUCACCACCGUCUAGACCGGGAGCGGAGCGGAGUGGAGUGGAGCGGUCCGCACAGGCCCACGGAGCUGUACAUAAGACACUACCGAUUGGGGUAGAGAUUCCUGCCUCGUUCAAUGUGGCAACAUUUGUAAAUAUGAUACUAAAGAGAGUGAGAAAGAGUGCAAGACAGAGAGGGAGAGAUUGAGAGAGAGAGAGAUGUAGAUAGAGAGAGAGGUGGUUAAAGUCAUGUCAGGUGAAACUGGACUAUGGAUUGGUGAGAGUGGGUGCUGAGGCCAAUAGCUGCCUUAUGGUUGGACUUUGGAACGAGGGGAUUUAUUCAAAAGUUUAAAAUAUGAAAAGACAGUUUUCUCGAAUGCUCUCUAUAACUUUCUUCCUUUUUGUGCUUGCUGUUUUACACAAUGAAAAAAAUGCAUUUUAAAUUUGAACUUUGUCAUUUGGGUUUUUAAAGGCUUUGGAACUGUUAAAAGACUGUGUGCCAGAGAUAAAUAACUGCCAACAUUUAGCAUUUUCUGUUUUUGAUUUUUUUUUAAACAAGUAACUAUUAUCAGUAUUUUACUGUGUAUGCAUAUGUUUUGCAUAUUAAAAGGAAAUACAAAAAUAUUUAGCUUCAUAGUGAACACAGAAUUGUUUUUUUAUGAAAAAAGUGUGGUUUUUAGUUGAAAGUGAACACUUUUACUGAAGAAACAACAAAUCCUCCACACAAGGUGCUGACGUUUGACUAUUGAGUUCCUGACUGCCAUACACAAUGUUGUUCAUUGUCUUUCAAAACAACCAAUGUGAGACCGUUAUGUAUCUGUGGCUGAAGGACAAGAAGUCGCCUGUUUGUUGACUAAAUCGAAACCUCUCUGUUUGUCGUUGUUAAAGUCCAUUGUAGUCCACAAGCCUUUGUAGGAAUCUAUGUAUCUGGCAAAGAAUAACACAAAGCUUAACAACUCUAGUUAGAAACAUUGAUGUCUUGUACAAUGAGAGAAAUAAUAAAUUAUUGUUUUAUAUUUGA